AUGCAUUACAGGACACAGAGCAUCGACGUAUUAACCAAUCAACCCCUACGGCAAGUCUUGCAGAAGCCAGAGACAUCAGGACGACUGAUCAAAUGGGCCAUCGAGCUUGGCGAGUUCGACAUUAGGUAUCACCCUCGGCCUUCCAGAAAAGGACAGGCCGUGGCCGAUUUCAUCUCAGAAUUCACAUUUCCAACCAACCAUGGUCAACCAAUCGACCCUGUCACGGCACCACCUUCGGCUUUUGUAGAUUCACCUUCGGCCGACAAUACGUUCGAUCAAAACAGCCCUCACUGGACAUUAUACGUGGACGGCUCAUCCAAUCGGCAGGGCAGCGGCGUAUGCCUAGUCCUCAAGACUCUGGAUGACACCACAAUCGAAUAUGCUAUCCGCUUCCAAUUUCGUGCUUCCAACAACGAGGCCGAGUACGAGGCGCUCCUAGCAGGCCUUCGGCUUGCCCAAAGCUCGGGUGCCAAACGAUUGAUGAUAUGUAGCGACUCGCAACUCGUCGUCAACCAGGUAAUCAUCGAAUUCGCAGCAAAAGAAGAAUCAAUGACUGCCUAUCUCGCGCAAACUUGCCGAUUGCUCAAACAGUUCAAAAGCUACUACAUCUACCAGGUCCCCAGAUCUGAGAACAGCCACGCCGAUGCUCUCUCUAGGCUCGCUUCAGCAAUCGACGACCGUGUCGGACACCACGUCCCCAAAGAAGUUCUCGCUCGGCGGAGCACGGCCGAAGCCGAUGUCAACACCGUCCGUCAGGACCCUAGUUGGAUGGACCCGAUCCACGCCCACCUCACCGACGGCACCCUACCAACUGACAAAGCCGAAGCAAAGGCAGUACGACGACGAUCGGCUCGCUACCUUCUGUUGCAAGGCAUCCUCUAUCGGCGCAGCUACUCCCUGCUGUUGCUGAGAUGUGUUACACCACAACAAGGAGACUACAUCUUGUGUGAGAUACACGAAGGCGCGUGUGGUAACCACUCAGGAUCCCGAUCCUUGGCCUUCAAGGUCGUUCGGCAAGGCUAUUAUUGGCCAACUCUCCACGCUGACGCUACCCAGAUUGUGCAAAGGUGCGAUCCGUGCCAACGUUUCGGAUCUGUAUCGAAAGUCCCUGCUGAACCACUCAGUCCGAUGACUAGCCCAUGGCCAUUCACCCAUUGGGGACUCGAUCUCAUCUGCCCAAUGCCGCAAGGCAUGGGUUAG